AUGUACCGUUCCGCAACAUCUCUGCUCGGCCUGAGCAGAGCGGCCGCCAUGCGCCCCCAGACUUUCGCCCGUGUUGCGUUCCCGACGACGGCCAAGAGGAUAGCUCCCGCGACGACUACGAGAGGAUACGCUGCGAGGGCAUCCGCCGCGGACGUGCGCUCCUCGCAGCGCAUGAACAAGGCGAUGGCCGAUUUGGGUGCCAAAGGCUUCUCGGCCAAGGAGAUGGAGAAGGCGCAGAGCGUCAUGCACAUUCUGCUCCCGGGAACUUUCGUCCCGCUCCCCUUCUCUCAGCUCAGCAAGUCUCCGUCCGUCCUCCUCAGCUACUACUUCAACCGCUUCAAGCAGCACGCCCGCGACCUCGCGACCUUUGUCGGCCUCAAAUUCCAAUCCAUGCCUUCCUUCAUGAAGCGGCCCCGCGUAAAGUUCCACCGCACCCAGAUCGUCCCGACGGCGAAGGCCCUGCACCGACAGCUCGCCGAGGCGCUCGCGUCAGGCGACAAGGACGCCCUCCGCGAGCUCUGCACGCCGCGCCUCUACGAGACACUCAGCGCCACCAUCUCCCGCCGCAAGGCCUCUGAGAAGCUCACGUGGGAACUCGUGCGGUACCACGGGUCCCCGAGCGUCAUGAGCCACAGAGUCGCCCUGCUUCCCCCCGUCGGCAAGGCGCCGUUGGUCCAGCAGGCCGUCGUCGCCAUCACCAGCACUCAGAAGCUCGGCAAGGUCGAGAAGGCGACGGGGAACCCGAUCAAGGGUAGCACGCGCGUGCAGAAGCAGACCGAGUACUUUGUCAUCACGCGCCAGCUCGACCCCAACACCUACGAACCCAAGAAGUGGCUCGUCUGGGGUAACACGCAGGCCACUACCCCAGAGGACUGGGAGAUGGAGCAGAAGACUAUGACGCAUAUGGAGCAACAGGAUUUUGCCAAGAGGAGGGGGAAGAGGGUUUAA